AUGGAGACGGGAAUAACCGGGGAACCAGAGGUAGAGGAAUUAGCUAUAUCGACGCUUUAUCCCUCCGUUGAUGAUGUUGGGGGUGGGGAUCAGCCAAGGGAUAAAUGCGUCUGUGUCAUCGGCUCUCACACGAUUCGGUUUCCGGACCUCGACGCUGAGGAGGAAGGAGAUUCCUAUGAAGGAACGGGUCGUUGGUGUGUGCAAUUCUUUCUCGCUGAGGGCUCCAUCUCGACGAGGAAUAAUACGUUUAUGAUGGGUAGUGCAUCAAGUGGAGAGGCCCUUGACCACUUCGAAUACGUAUCAUCCGUUGAUCAAGCUGGAAUCCUGGCCGUGCAUAAGCCGUUCAAGCAGGUAAAAAUGGAGCCUUAUUGUUGCAGUUUUACAUUUCUUGUUGCGCCGGAUGGCAGCCCUGCCAUAUACUCUCUAGGCGGUCUUGUUUUCCCAAAAGCCUUGAAGGAGGAGUUUGUGGCCUCCAGGGAUGUCCGAAUAUUUGAUUUCAAUGCUGCCGCUUACACCUAUGGUCCUUCUAUGGAAGCUCCCAGGGUCAGUCCUGUCGUCCUUGUCUUGGACGGGAAGAUUUAUGUCUUUGGAGGUGUUCGACCCCCCAACAACCCGACCGUCUCCUGGGCCGAGUCUCUUGACAUGAUCACCACCUAUAACAACGCCGAUGCUCAUCCAUGGAAACCUUUGCAUCAGCCUCCCGUGUUUUUUGAUAGUUGCGGCUCAUUCGCCGUAGGAGUGGACGACGGCGAGAAUAUCUUUUUCGGAAUCAAGGAGGAAAUCAAGAAGGAAGAAGAAGAAGAAGAUUGUGGUGGCGGUGGCGGCAGGGUUUCUUCCGGAGGAGGAGGGGGAAAAGCAAUUCUGGUGGGCUCAACACUUGAAGGAAUUUUCCUUGUCUAUCAUCUCGGAGAGGACAGAUGGAUACAACUCCCCUACAAAAUCCCAAUUUCAUUCUUGGGUUCCUGGCCCGUGGCAGUUGGUCAUACCCUGUAUUGGGUUGCUAAUUCCUUCUAUGCAUAUGAUCUCCGUACCCGUAAACUGUAUGCUGGGGUUGUACAAGGCCUUGAGAAAUAUCUAAACGACUACAUUGUGGGGAACGAUGAAGGGAUUUGCUAUAAACCUGGCCUUCAUCAUUUGGGUGGUAAUGACUUCUGCUUGACAUGGUUGGACUGGUCGAAUGUUAUAUCUCGCAACUUCACUCGACUUCAUAGUACCGUGAUUAGGGUUGUAAUGUCCGAGGAUGGCUCUUGUUUUCUGGAUGCCCUUGUCGUGACUUCCACUUGUCAUCUCCUACCUCAUGGUUUCUGCUUUGAGCAUAGCCUGCUCUUGGAUGGUUUGGGGUGCAAUCAUACGAUCAUUAAAGGAGGAGUCAGCUCUAAGACUGUGAUUCCGUUGGAUGAAUCAUUGAGUGUGAAGAAUAAUGCAGAAGCAGGAUCUGACUAUGAAGGAGAGGCAAGAGAAGAUAGAAGACAAUGCUGGGAUUGGAUUGCAAGGAAUUCUUAAAACAACGCAAAGGCAAUCUCCUACAAUCCUUCUCAGGUCAAUCCGAGACUUAUGCAAGAGUACGAUCAAGUUUUCAUAUUAGCUCUCACGAAGUCAAAGGUGA